CCGUGGUGGGGCUCCCUGGUGGGCUAGCGCUGGAGAGGCGGCCUUGCUAAGCACUGUUGGGGGGCGGAGGACGGCGGGCUGCAGCUGGCGCCUCGGUGGCAAGCCGAGGUUCCACUGUCAGCCUCUGCGCUGCUCAGAGCCGGGUAUUCCUGGGCCGAACGAGCGCGGAAACUCCGGGCAAGUGGGGGGCCGGGCCGGGCGCCCUCCCAGCGCCGGGGGCGGUGGCACGGGGCCUAGGGGGGCCUGAUCAUCCUGACGAGGCUGAGGUCUUGUCGGCCGACCUCGGCCCUUCAGCACGACCGGCUUUUAGUCCUUCCCCCCCGGACCCAGCUCGUGCCCGUUGCGCGUUCUCGGUGCGUGGGGGUGAUGCAGCGUGUCCCAGCCACCAGACCCAUGGGAGCUUUUUAAGGCGACCAGCGGCCUCUGUCCCUUCUCAGAUGUUAACUGCGUCUCAGCACCCCUGGCCAUAGGGUUGGAUCUCCGGGGGCUUUCAGAAAGGAAGGUCAGCACGGCGGAGCCCAGUCCCAAGUCUCCAAGCAUCAGGGCUUCCUGCCCGAUUCUCAAGGCGGGUGGGGGACACUGGACCUCCAGACAGCCUGGCUCCCUGCCUUCCUGUUUGGUUUGCUGUAUUCUAUGUUGGCAAUGGCUGCUAGUUUCCCACAGGAAGUUUUGGCCCAGGAAGCAAAUUUGUGGCCCAGGAAGUAGCAACUAAAUGCCUGGGAUGCUGACUAGAGGCUUCUUUGUGUUCUAAGGCUACCACCAGAAGGUGUGGCCCAUAUCAAAAGUGGAUCUUCAGGGUUGGGGUUCAGGGUCCCCAGCUCCAGAAAUGAAAAAAAAAAAAAGUGGAUCUUCUCAGCUCAAAGAUCCGGAUUAAAGGUCUUUGAACAACCCCCCCUCACCAUGGACCUGGACCCCCAUGCAGGUGUGCAGGUGGGCAUGCGUGUGGUACGCGGAAUGGACUGGAAAUGGGGCCAGCAGGAUGGAGGUGAGGGCGGUGUGGGCACCGUGGUGGAGCUUGGCCGCCAUGGCAGCCCCUCGACCCCCGACCGUACAGUUGUCGUUCAGUGGGACCAGGGCACACGUACCAACUAUCGAGCUGGCUACCAAGGUGCCCAUGACCUGUUGCUCUAUGACAACGCCCAAAUCGGUAUCCGCCAUCCCAACAUCAUCUGUGACUGUUGCAAGAAACAUGGGCUUCGUGGCAUGCGUUGGAAGUGCCGUGUCUGCUUUGACUAUGAUCUCUGCACGCAGUGCUACAUGCACAACAAACAUGACCUUACCCAUGCCUUCGAGCGCUAUGAGACAUCUCACUCUCGCCCGGUUACGCUGAGUCCCCGACAGGGCCUCCCUCGAAUCCCACUGAGGGGCAUCUUUCAAGGAGCAAAAGUGGUACGAGGCCCUGACUGGGAAUGGGGCUCACAAGAUGGAGGGGAAGGCAAGACAGGCCGUGUGGUGGACAUCCGUGGCUGGGAUGUGGAGACAGGCCGAAGUGUGGCCAGUGUGACAUGGGCAGAUGGAACCACAAAUGUGUACCGAGUGGGCCACAAAGGCAAGGUGGAUCUCAAAUGUGUUGGUGAGGCAGCUGGCGGCUUUUACUACAAGGAGCACCUCCCGAAGCUUGGCAAGCCAGCAGAGCUACAGCGCAGGGUGAGUGCUGAUGGCCAGCCCUUCCAGCGUGGGGACAAGGUCAAGUGUCUGCUGGACACAGAUGUCCUAAGGGACAUGCAAGAAGGCCAUGGUGGCUGGAACCCUAGGAUGGCAGAGUUUAUCGGACAGAUGGGCACCGUGCACCGCAUCACAGACCGUGGGGACGUGCGUGUGCAGUUCAACCAUGAAACCCGCUGGACCUUCCACCCUGGGGCUCUCACCAAGCACAACAGCUUCUGGGUAGGUGAUGUGGUCCGGGUCAUCGAUGACCUUGACACUGUGAAGCGACUGCAAGCUGGACAUGGAGAAUGGACUGACGACAUGGCCCCCGCCCUGGGCCGAGUGGGGAAAGUGGUGAAGGUGUUUGGAGAUGGAAACUUGCGUGUGGCGGUUGGUGGCCAGCGGUGGACCUUCAGCCCCGCCUGCCUAGUGGCCUGCCGGCCUGAGGAGGAUGCCAACCUGGGCGUGGCUGAGCGCGCCAGAGAGAACAAAAGUGCGGCAUCCGUCCCAGUGGCUGGUGGGAGGCAGGGCCGCCCCUGGCCAGCACUUACCCCAACCCUGCCCCCAGGCUCACUGAGUGUGGCCCUGGACAAGCUUCGGACACAGAAGAGCGACCCAGAGCACCCAGGGAGGCUGGUAGUGGAGGCUGCACUGGGAAAUGUAGCCCGGGCCCUGGACCUGCUUCGAAGGCAUCCUGAGCAGGUGGACACCAAGAACCAGGGUAGGACUGCCCUGCAGGUGGCUGCUUACCUGGGCCAGGUAGAACUGGUACGGCUGCUGCUGCAGGCAAGAGCAAGUGUGGACCUGCUGGAUGAGGAGGGCAACACUGCCCUUCACUACACAGCCAUGGGGAACCAGCCUGAGGCCACAAGGCUGCUCCUGAGUGCCGGAUGUGGGGUGGAUGCUCAGAAUGGCACACGCAGCACAGCCCUACACGUGGCUGUACAGAGGGGCUUCCUAGAGGUGGUAAAGAUCCUGUGUGAACAUGGUUGUGAUGUCAACUUGCCGGAUGCCCAUGCAGACACACCCCUGCAUUCUGCCAUCUCUGCGGGUGCCGGUGCCAGCAGCAUUGUUGAAGUCCUCACCGAGGUGCCUGGCAUCGAUGUCACUGCUACCAAUAGCCAGGGCUUCACACUGCUGCACCAUGCAUCCCUCAAGGGCCAUGUGCUAGCAGUUAGAAAGAUUCUGGCAAGAGCACGGCAGCUGGUGGAUGCCAAGAAGGAGGACGGCUUUACUGCGCUACAUCUGGCAGCUCUUAACAACCACCGUGAGGUGGCCCAGGUCCUAAUCCGAGAGGGCCGCUGCGAUGUGAAUGUGCGAAACAGGAAGCUUCAAUCCCCACUGCAUCUGGCUGUGCAGCAGGCCCACCUGGGGCUCGUACCGCUGCUGGUGGACGCUGGCUGCAAUGUCAACACUGAGGAUGAGGAGGGUGACACAGCCCUGCAUGUGGCACUACAGCGUCAUCAGCUGCUGCCCCUGGUGGCUGACAGGGCUGGGGGAGACCCAGGGCCCUUGCAGCUGCUGUCAAGGUUACAGGCCUCAGGCCUCCCAGGCAGCACAGAGUUGACUGUAGGCGCCGCAGUGGCCUGCUUCCUGGCAUUGGAGGGUGCUGAUGUGAGCUACGCAAACCACCGCGGCCGGAGCCCACUGGACCUGGCCACAGAAGGCCGAGUGCUCAAGGCCUUGCAGGGCUGUGCCCAGCGCUUCAGGGAGCGACAGGCAGGUGGCGGUGGGGGUGUGCCCCCGGGCCCCCGGCAUGUGCUGAGUACUCCUAACACCGUGACGAACCUGCAUGUGUCUGGCACAGCAGGGCCAGAAGCUGCCGAGUGCCUGGUGUGCUCGGAGCUGGCAUUGCUAGUUCUGUUCUCACCGUGUCAGCACCGCACAGUGUGUGAGGAGUGCGCACGAAGGAUGAAGAAGUGUAUCAGGUGCCAGGUGAUCAUCAGCAAGAAGCUUCGCCCAGAUGGUUCAGAGGUGGUUAAUGCCAUCCAGGUGCCCGGCCCGCCUCGGCAACUGGUAGAGGAGCUACAGAGUCGCUACAGGCAGAUGGAGGAGCGCAUCACCUGCCCCAUCUGCAUCGACAGCCACAUCCGCCUGGUGUUCCAGUGCGGCCAUGGAGCAUGUGCGCCCUGUGGCGCUGCCCUUAACGCCUGCCCCAUUUGCCGCCAGCCCAUCCGUGACCGCAUUCAGAUCUUCGUGUGAGCGCACUACACACGCUGUGGCUGAGCCCAGGCUCUCCUUCAAAACUCCUGUAUUUUAUAAAAAGAUUAUCGGA